AGUUUAACUUGUUUUGAAAAACAAACAAUUGAUUAGUGUCAAACUCACAAUCACAGAGAUCACACAAACAAUUGUAAAGUGUAUUUUUUUGUCUGAAUACAAAAAUGUUUUUGGAGAAAAAUUCAAGAUCAUUUUUUGUUUAAAUCUAAAAAAUUGAAGAACGUUUUUAUUCAAAAAAGGAACAGCAAAUCAAGUUUAAAAUCCAGUGCGUUGUUUUUUGUUUUUAUUAUUUCUAGACCGAGUUUUGACAUAAAUUUUAAAAUGGAAGUAACAGAUGUCGAAGGCGGAUGUAAAACACUUGUGCCGAGAAAAAAUACAGUGAGAUUGGUGUUUAGAACAGUGUUACAUGGACUGAUACUUCUUCAUCAUACAGCAGUGAAUUUGUUUGGUAUAGCUUCUGUGGCUGUUAAAGCCUUAAGUUCGGACAACCCAGAAAUAUACCAGAUGGGCUGUUUUGCACCUGCUUUUGGGACUAACUGGAACUUUUCGUUCCAAACCGUGUUCCUGUUCCUGUCCCUCACAUACGACAUCUGCGAAUGGCUGAGCUUGCACGAAGUGCCGCGAGCUAAGAAGAUCGCCUACUGGAGGGACAUCGUGUUCACUUCGCUGGUCGUGCCUUAUACUUUGUUCGUCUCCCUAAUGUUCUGGAGUGUAUACUGGAUAGACCGGGAGCUGGUCUUCCCUAAAGUCUACGACAGCAUCGUGCCCUGGUGGUUCAACCACUGCGUCCAUACAAACAUCAGCAUCGUGGUGCUGAUCGAGACCCUCCUCCAGGCUAGAAGGAAACCGGUCAACUUGAAGCUGGAGCUGAUCCUUACCACCUUUGUAAACGUGGGGUAUGCUGUUGUGUACUACUCCAUCUUCUUCUUCGCAAACCGCUGGUUAUACAACGUCUUCGGCAUCAUGACCUGGUGGCAGGUCUGCAUGUACCAGCUACUCAUCUGGGCGUCCAGUUACGUCUUCUAUUACAUGCAAUUCCCUAUCAACCGUCUCAUCCACGGCUCUGAGCCCGAACCAGAGAAGACCGUCAUCGAAAGAGUGGAAAAAGAACCCCAGUUAGAAAAAGUUCCCGAGCCUGUUGAAGAGACCGUCUUCGAAAAGAAAGGAAACGGUGUAGCUAAGAAUUUCGAGAUAGCAGCUAUGCAGAAUAAUCUAGAUACGAUGGAUGCGCCUUUUUCAUCUGAUAAUUGGAGUCUAAAAUACAGAUCGCUGAGAGAGAAGUUCGAGAACUCUAGGUUAUGAAAUGAAUGUGAUAAACCUGU